ACGUGUGAAUCGGAUGCCUGUAUAUGGAGAAGUCAUGGACAGGAGUGACUUGAUCCUAACGGUAUUCCUAAGGCACAGCUUACGUUUUAACACGUAGUGUCGAUUUUUAUUUUGAUGGCCUAAAUAAGAAAUAAUCUCUUAAAUACAACCUGCACCAGAUAUCGCACAAGGAGCAAGGUGCGUAAAAAUUUGGCGCGAGGUUGAAUGUGAAGUUGACCCUGUCUAGACUCUCGCGUUAUGAUGCCAGGAGACAGCAUGACUUCCACGGUCCAGAAGAUCGCCAGACAGGCCCUCACCACAUUCCGAAACCCCUCGGCUGUCGGAGAACACGGUAAAGUGUUUUUGGAGAAUCUGAGCAAGCUGAAGAGCCUCGUGGCGGAGGUCAGAGCGGCGGACUUGAGGAUCGCACCCCGGACGAGCGCGAGCGCCCCGGUGCCGUCUCAGCGCGUGGCGCCUCCCGUCACAUACAUGCACAUCUACGAGACCGACACGUUCAGCAUGGGGGUGUUUUUAUUAAAAACGGGCGCUUCCAUACCCCUGCACGAUCAUCCGGGAAUGCACGGCAUGCUGAAAGUGAUUUACGGCAAGGUGCGGAUCAGCUGUUUCGACAGGCUGGAUAAACCUCGAGACGGUGCCAGCGGCGCGCACUUCAGCCCUCCGCUCGUGCCCUUCCAGAGCAGCUCUCUUCGGCCCGCGGUGCUCAGGUCGGUCGGGGAAUACACGGAGGAGAACGGCCCGUGUGUGCUCUCACCCCAAAAGGACAAUAUCCACCAGAUAGACGCUGUUGACGGACCCACGGCUUUCCUUGACAUCUUAUCACCGCCAUAUGAUCCGGACGAAGGGAGAGACUGCCAUUAUUAUAAAGUUUUGCAUGCUCAUUCAGAGGCUUCGGAUAGAAAGAGUGAAGCCCAGGAACAGGGUGACCUGUGGCUGAUGGAGAUCCCACAGCCGAGUGAAUUCUGGUGUGGGGGGGAACCGUACCCAGGGCCUGAAGUGUCCCUCUGAAGGAUCUGACUAUAAACUGUUCAUCACAGCCUUACGUGAACCAAGAGAUUCCUUGUUCUUGUCCUUACACGUCCGACUGGCUUCCUUAUCAAGAGUACAGUGGUUUAUUUGAAAUACCUAGACACUUAUCCACAGCUGCUGUCUUUAACUUUUAGUUGUCUUUUGGCUAUUAUUAUUAUUUUUUAACAUGCAUGCAUACAUUUCCAAUGUGUUGCAUGCAGACUGUGUCCUGAUUUUGCGUACAGGUUUGACAAAAGAACUAGUCUCUGUUCUUUCUCUUUUGCCUGGAUUGGCUUUGUUUAGAAUGUGAUAAAUAUUUAAGUAUUGGCAGCAGAUGUGAGAUUUACUUUAACAAAGGCUUCACAAUGAAUCAGAGCAGGAAUCUGCUCAUCUUGUUUCCACUGCUAGAUUGUGUUAAUAAUGCAUUAAGUUAUCAGAACACUGAAAUGUUUAGCAACAAUCUUGAUGAAUUGGCCUACUGGAUACUUUAAAAAAAAAAAAACACUUCUGUUAAUUAUUACAAUAAAGCACUUAUUAAUGAUGACAUGUAAAUAAUGAUAAUAAUAAAAUAAAGAUGGAAAAUUUGACAAUUGAAAUAGGAAGAAUAUGAUGUGAAUUUGACCUAAGAAAUUAAAGUUGUUUAUCCUCAGAUUUCUGCUAAUAAAAGAUGCAAUGGAAAA